GAUAUUCGAAGACAGGAAAGUUGUUUGACAGUCUGGAGCUCGACAAGUGCCAAUGAGGAUGGGUUUAUGAGGAGCGUAGGGGUAUGGUAGGACAAGUGGAAGAAGUGACAAUCCUAGCGCAAUGAGCAACUAAGCAAGAAGGAGUUCUGAUGUUUUUUUUACGCCAGGGGCAGUAAUCUGAGAGCUUUAAAACAAGAAACUAAAAAGAAAUAAGCAAUCCAUCAGCAUGAGAAUGAAGGGGGGGAUCGCGGACAUAAGUGAAUGGCGGGAGGCGGAGUUUGCACAGAACUGCACAUACAUUGUCAACGACCAGCCAUGUGACCUGCUCAAGAGUGACAGUGCCCCCCGCGCUAUGACCUCCAUACCCCGCAACCUGAGCUUCAAGCACAACCAAGCCGGUGAAGUGACAGGGGUCUUCAGCAGGGAGUACAUCCCUCAAGGCACUCGCUUCGGACCUCUGCUCGGACACCGUUACACCAGAGACAGCGUUCCCAAGCACGCCAACAGGAAGUACUUCUGGAGAAUUUACUCCGGAGGGAACUUUCACCAUUUCAUUGACGGCUAUGAUGUGCACAAGAGUAACUGGAUGCGCUAUGUGAACCCAGCUCGUUCCCUCAGUGACCAAAACCUAGUGGCCUGCCAGAAUGGCAAAGAUAUCUACUUCUACACCGUCCAGCCCAUCCCAGUCAACCGUGAGCUUCUCGUCUGGUACAGCAGAGACUUCUCCGAGCGCCUGCACUACCCACAUGGGGACCUACUCCAUCCCAAACUGAAGCACUCGACCAAGGAAUUCAAGGAUUAUGAAGCUAACAGGCAGCAGCUACCUCACAAAGAUGUGUUCUACGAAACAGACCAAAAAUCUGAAGCUAAGAAGACAAAGAGAGAAGAGGAGGAAAAAGAAGAGGAAAAGAUUGACGUAGAAAUGCUGGAAAGGGACACGCCUCCUGUAACCCCUGACAACCAGAUUGUGGAUUUCAGCAAAAAGAUGGACGCAGAAACAGACCCUCAAACCAAACUCCAGCCUUCAGUAGACUUCCCAGAGAAGAGGCCAUUCUCCCUUAUGAGAGAAACCUCUACUGACAGGGCCAGCCCUUGCCAUACCACUAGUCCAAACCAAAGAGUAAAAAGUCCCAAUGACGACCACUCAGACCUGAGCUGCUGUUCUCCGGCUGUAAAUACAACAACCACCUCCCACAAGGAUCUGCCCUUACAUCUCCACGGCCUUUACAGCAGUGAGGAGGGCUUGGUCUCCUAUCCCAUGUACUCCCCACCAAGGCAUCUCCAACAGCCCUAUCUCUACCCUUACGGACACCACCCCUCACAUUAUCACCACCUCCUGCUACCUCAGUACUCUCCCCCAUUACCAGGCAUAGGACCCAACAUGAAUGGCCUGGGCAUCUUCUCUAAGGUGCCCCCCGUGUACAGCAGCUACCUGGGGGCCGACAGUCUGCCUUACCCCUUGGUCUCCCAGCAGAGCGUCAUGGGGCUUCCUGUGGGCCUUCAGGAGGACGGUCCCCCUCACCACCUGCAUCCCCUGGAGAAGCCCAGAGACGGGAUCAUUCCGGCCCCCACCAGCGCUUUCUCACUCACGUCUCCCGGGGGCGGGCUGAGGGAGAGACCUCCCAACCAUUCCCCUCCCAGCGGAGCCCCCGCCACACCAGAGCCCUCCCCCCAGUCGAAGCCUACCUCACAAGCCCCGGGUAACAGCAACGAGGCCAUCAACCUCAGCAAGCCAAAGAACAGCCAGGGCCCCUCCGCCAGCCCAGGAUACAAGUCCCUCCCCUACCCCCUCAAGAAGCAGAAUGGCAAGAUCAAGUACGAGUGCAACCAGUGCCUGAAGACCUUUGGACAGCUCUCCAAUCUUAAGGUGCACUUGCGGGUCCACAGCGGAGAACGUCCAUUCCAGUGUCUCGUGUGCAGAAAGAGCUUCACUCAGCUGGCUCACCUGCAGAAACACAACCUGGUGCACACAGGAGAGAAACCCCACGAGUGUCAGGUUUGCCACAAGCGCUUCAGCAGCACCAGUAACCUCAAGACCCACCUCAGGCUUCACUCAGGUGAAAAACCCUACCAGUGCAAGUUGUGCUCCACCAAGUUCACCCAGUACGUCCAUCUCAAGCUGCACAAGCGCCUGCACAGCCGUGACCAGCCCUACAAGUGCCCCCUCUGCUCCCAGUCCUACAUCCACCAGCUCAGUCUGCAGAUCCACAGCAGGGGCUACUGCCCCUCAGCUGCCAUGCUGGGCCAGUCGCACGAGGAGCUCUGCCGGAUGAACGAGAUGAUCAGGAAGUUUGAUGUGAGCUCCGAUGCUGAUACCAUGGAAGAGAAAGCCAGCGUGGCCGAGGUGGACUCGGUGGAGAGAUGGAUGUUGAAGAGUCAGGAGUUGAAGGAGGACCAACUUCAGACUGGCUUCGUCAAGAAAGAAAGCCACCAUCACCCCCACCACCACCACUCACCACCCCCGAUCUCCCAUGAAAGAAGCCCAGCCGCUGCCGGGAACAUAUUCAGACCACACUCACACAUCACCAUGAAGCAAGAAGUUCCAUAACUUUGUAAAAGGUGGACUUUUAUAAAAGUGUACUAAAAGCCAAGCCAAGGGUAGUAAAAGUAGCAUGGUAAAGCAUAGGCUAUCAUAAUGAAGUAUGUGGUUAAACAGGGUAAAAACCACAGUAAACUUACCAUGGUAACUUUGCCAUGGGAAUCUUUUAUAUGGGCAGCGGUCAGAGUUCAGCGUUUAAUGAUGGAAAAGUUUCAGCAUCUGUCGAAAAGCCUUGUGACGAAGAAAUUGCAUGUGGAAACGAGAGAACUGUCUUCUUUUCCCUGAGUUCUGGGGUCGUGGGGAAAGUGCAGAAGGCUUUAAGGAGCGAAAGAAAGAAUAAAUCGCCAAAAAAACUAAACAAUCUGAGGUACCAAAUAGCACCAGCUUCCCAAAGACCUUCUCAAACAGAGACUUGUAAUUGCACUGCUGACAAAUGUUUUGACUGCAUAGUACAGUAUGAAAUAAGAACAUAUUUUGGAAUUGUUCUAGAAAUUGACUUAUUUUUGUGUGUAUGUGUUUUAAUUUAUUGACAAAAAAACUUUUUUUCUAAUAUAUUUUAAAGUCUUUUCAUUCUUUGUUUGUCUGUGUGACAUUGCCAGUAGUAACAUUUGUUGAAUUGACAACUUUAAUCUCUUGAUGCCAGGUCUAGCAUUACCCACAUAUCUGGUUUUCCAAGUUCUCCUUAUCAAAAUAUGGGUUCAGUGGGAGAUUUGGACAAAUUUGGUUAGAUAUGUUCACCUGUAGCAUUGCAACAAGGAUCUGUUGAUGCAAGCAGUUGAAUUUUUUAUAGCAAAAUGUAAAGUUAUUUUUGCAAGUACUAAGUCUUUAAUGAUAUAUAAUUUAAUCUGUUUUUUUCUACAUAUUGCUGCCUGUAAUGCUGAAUUGUUCUAUAUUAAUAAUAACUGAACUGGCUUACAUCUUUUAUGGUAGCGAAAUAAGAACCACACUGUUUAGAUCAUUUAUUUUUAUUCAAGGUGUUGUUUUAAUAUUCAAGCAAAAUUGGCAUGGCAAAAAACACUCAAAAUGAGUUUGUGGUUGUAUUGGACUGUUCAGAAGAAAAGCGAGUAGCAUUUUAAAUAUAUGCUUCCUUUAUAUAAUACAUGGACUUUGUUCUUUCAUAUUUGGGUGUCACUUUUGAGGAAUUGGCAGUAGUUGUAUUUUUAUAUAUCUGUUUGUCAGUUCCACAAAGGGGAAGUUGUUCUGUAGGCUUUUAGGGAAAUUUUCUUUCAGUGCAUUUGAACCAUAGUCAUCUGUUUUUGCUCUGGGAAAUAAAACACACAAAUCAAACCAAAACCUGUAGAACAAAUGUUUUAUACAGUAGGACGUGAUUUGCUAAGAUUGCACAGAACUCGCCAAAAGCUAUUGAAUUAUUAGAAAACCAAAAAAAUGAACUAGAUACUAAAACAGGAAACAGCUUAUGCAUCAGUGCGUAUUAAAUGCCACAUUUGAAAAAUGCAAUAGAAGUUGUGUUUGAAGUUUUUAUUGUGUUCGGUAGAGUAUGUAGCAUGCACAGGAAAAUGUCUGGGCAAUUGUAGUUUUAUUGAAGUGAACAAUAUUAACAUCCAUAAAAUAAAAAGCUAGGUUGUGUAGGGCUUUUGUAUUUUGUGUAGGCUAAUACUGGGAUUAUAUUGUUAGCAUUACAACAUUGUCACCUUCUCUUGUGAUGAAGAACGUUUUCUAUUCAUUGCUUCUUUUUUCAAUACUCGAUAGAUUUAAACCGUCUUGACACUUCCUGUAAGUCAACUUCAGAUCUAUUGUGUUGCAUUUAGUCUGAGCAUCUGCAUUAAAGUAAAAAUCAAGCUUUUCAUCAUAAGAAAGGGGCAGGGAUAAGGAUGGCCAGUGCUAAUAGGGGGUAGGUAAAUGGAUUUGAAAUCCUGGACAAUCACUUCAUAUUCUUGACCAUCAUGACAUAUUUCAGACCCUAUCUGCAUUUAAACCAAAGCAUUACUUCACUUUGAAAAACUUGAACAGGUUAUUGCUUGACGGGUACAUUUCUAUUUUCUUAUCCUUUUUUGUAAGCGAAACCCCCAAAACAAUCAUCAAAAUAAUGUGUUGUGAAGUUUGGUAAAGGUCAGAUACAAGCACUUUCCAAUACUACAGGUUCUAGGUUGUAAUAGCCAAGGUAAUCUAGAAGGUACACAUGUGAUACUUUCUACAUUCCCAUUGGAAUGUGGAGUUUUGGCAUGUUAUUAUAGCUGCUAAAUCCAAACUCAGGUCUACUCAUUCAGGUUAAAAACUAGCAGCCCCUCAGGUAUAUAUCCACAUAGAUCUAGUAGCAACAUCAUUGCACCUUUUGGCUUGAGCAUCCUGAUACUAAGUCAUUAACCCCUAAACCAGCAAGCUGUAAUCCAGCAUUAAACUCUGCUCCUUUCUUUGUCAAAUGGUGAAUUCAGGGAAGAUAACAUGUGUUUGACAUAUUUGCACCAAAGCUUCUGUUAUUGUUUUAGAAGGAGGAUUUAACUGUAUGUCUGAGUUGUUUGAACACUUUGCUUGUGAUGUUUUUAUAUGUCGAUAUUUACAUGCUGUUUACACUUUAUGUACAAAACUAUUUUGGUAAAAUGUUAUAAUGUAUGUAGCUGAAAAAAUAAACUGUUUCUUCUGUAUGUUUAGUAAAAACGUAUCAAGUA